GCGGCCCCGGCCGUGUAACAUGACCCGAGCGGCCGGCCGGCCGGCGCGGCGCGGCCAUUGAGCCCUCCCUGCCCAUGAAUCUCUGGCGCGUCUCUAGCUCGCUCGCCGCUCGCCUCCCGCCUCCUUUCUCCCCCUCCAGCUCCGCGGGCUCCGUGCGCCUCUCCCUCUCCCUCCUGGUCCUGCCGCUGCCCGUCUCUCUCCACUGCCCGCCUCUCGCCACUGCCUCCCGUCUUCUCUCCCUCACGGCAGCCUCCGUCUCUUUCUCCCUCUCUCCUUUGAAAACUGAUCUUUGGCUCUUAGUGUGAAAGUGAUUUGAAUUUGGCUCGGCGGCGCUCUGCGCCUGCGCCCAGCCUCUGGCAUGCUGGCUCCUUCCAAGCAGCUGUUUUGGGUUUGAAAUUCCAACAUGGCAGAGGCUGCAGUCCGUCUUCCCUUCAAAAACUUGGAAUGAUUUCAAAUCAUAGGCACCUUCACUUAACCCUAGCUUCCAUUCAUCAGCAAACACAUCGGAUCGAUGCUACGCUAACCUAUCGGGUUUUCGCUCCGCGCGUUCAGGUUAAAUGAAUACCUGACGAAAGGGCCCACGUUUCAAGGCAGUGACAUUUGAUAGCUGAGAGGAAAAGUGGCUUUAAUGAAAAGCAACCUUUGGAAUUCCUGCUUGUGAGAAAUCCAAUUCAGCUUUUUGUGCUGCCAGCAAGAAAUGAUCAGUAGCACCAGUGUUUAUGUUCACUAAUGAAGAGAGAAUUGUCCAAGUCGUCAUCCAAUUUACACACUGGAAAACUGGAUGGACAAAGUGGAGUCACAAUCAUGUUUGCUUAAAAACAGCAAAGGCUGCCUUGACUAAUAUGUCUAAAUAAGGCUUGAAGAUGCAGUGGACGCCGGAGCAUGCCCAGUGGCCAGAACAGCACUUUGACAUCACCUCCACCACUCGGUCUCCUGCCCACAAAGUUGAAGCUUACAGAGGUCAUCUGCAGCGCACCUACCAGUAUGCCUGGGCAAAUGAUGACAUAUCUGCUCUGACUGCAUCCAACCUACUAAAAAAAUAUGCAGAGAAGUAUUCUGGCAUUUUGGAAGGCCCCGUGGACCGACCUGUACUCAGCAACUACUCCGAUGCACCAUCAGGACUAGUGAACGGUCGGAAAAAUGAAAGCGAACCGUGGCAGCCUUCCUUGAAUUCAGACGCUGUUUAUCCCAUGAACUGUGUUCCUGAUGUUAUCACUGCCAGCAAAGCUGGAGUCAGUUCAGCCCUCCCUCCAGCAGAUGUCUCUGCAAGUAUAGGGAGCUCUCCUGGGGUGGCCAGCAACCUGACAGAGCCUAGUUAUUCAAGUAGUACCUGUGGAAGCCACACUGUACCUAGUCUUCAUACAGGGCUCCCAUCUCAGGAAUAUGCCCCAGGAUACAAUGGCUCAUAUUUGCAUUCUACUUACAGCAGCCAGCCAGCACCUGCACUUCCUUCACCUCACCCUUCUCCCUUGCAUAGCUCUGGGCUCCUACAGCCACCACCUCCUCCUCCUCCGCCACCAGCCCUGGUCCCAGGCUACAAUGGGACUUCUAACCUCUCCAGUUAUAGCUAUCCCUCUGCUAGCUAUCCUCCUCAUACUGCUGUGGGAUCUGGGUACAGCCCUGGGGGUGCACCCCCUCCUCCUUCAGCAUACCUGCCUUCAGGAAUUCCUGCUCCCACCCCCCUGCCCCCCACCACUGUUCCUGGCUACACCUACCAGGGUCAUGGUUUGACACCUAUCGCACCCGCGGCUCUGGCAAACAGUUCGGCAAGUUCUCUCAAAAGGAAAGCUUUCUAUAUGGCAGGGCAAGGAGACAUGGACUCCAGUUAUGGAAAUUACAGCUAUGGCCAACAGAGAUCUACACAGAGUCCUAUGUACAGAAUGCCCGACAACAGCAUUUCAAACUCAAAUCGGGGGAAUGGCUUUGACAGAAGUGCUGAAACAUCAUCCUUAGCAUUUAAGCCAACGAAGCAGCUAAUGUCCUCUGAACAGCAAAGGAAAUUCAGCAGCCAGUCCAGUAGGGCUCUGACCCCUCCUUCCUACAGUACUGCUAAAAAUUCACUGGGAUCAAGAUCCAGUGAACCCUUCGGGAAGUACACUUCACCAGUAAUGAGUGAGCAUGGAGAUGAGCACAGGCAGCUCCUCUCUCAUCCAAUGCCAGGCCCUGGACUCCGUGCAGCUACCUCAUCCAACCACUCUGUGGACGAGCAACUGAAGAAUACUGACACGCACCUCAUUGACCUGGUAACCAACGAGAUUAUCACCCAAGGACCGCCAGUGGACUGGAAUGACAUUGCUGGUCUCGACCUGGUAAAGGCUGUCAUUAAAGAGGAGGUUUUAUGGCCAGUGUUGAGGUCAGAUGCAUUCAGUGGACUGACGGCCUUACCUCGGAGCAUCCUUUUAUUUGGACCUCGGGGAACAGGCAAAACAUUAUUGGGCAGAUGCAUAGCUAGUCAGCUGGGGGCCACAUUUUUCAAAAUUGCUGGUUCUGGACUUAUUGCCAAGUGGUUAGGAGAAGCAGAAAAAAUUAUCCAUGCCUCUUUCCUUGUGGCCAGGUGUCGCCAGCCCUCGGUGAUUUUUGUCAGUGACAUUGACAUGCUUCUCUCCUCUCAAGUGAGUGAGGAACACAGUCCAGUCAGUCGGAUGAGAACCGAAUUUCUGAUGCAGCUGGACACUGUACUAACUUCGGCUGAGGACCAAAUCGUAGUAAUUUGUGCCACCAGUAAACCAGAAGAAAUAGAUGAAUCUCUUCGGAGGUACUUCAUGAAACGACUUUUAAUCCCACUUCCUGACAGCACAGCGAGGCACCAGAUAAUAGUACAACUGCUCUCACAGCACAAUUACUGUCUCAAUGACAAGGAGUUUGCACUGCUCGUCCAGCGCACAGAAGGCUUUUCUGGACUAGACGUGGCUCAUUUGUGUCAGGAAGCAGCGGUGGGCCCUCUCCAUGCCAUGCCAGCCACAGACCUUUCAGCCAUUAUGCCCAGCCAGUUGAGACCCGUUACAUAUCAAGACUUUGAAAAUGCUUUCUGCAAGAUUCAGCCUAGCAUAUCUCAAAAAGAGCUUGAUAUGUAUGUUGAAUGGAACAAAAUGUUUGGUUGCAGUCAGUGAUAACUUCUUUAAAAAAAUGUAAUGAAUGUUGGCACACACACACAUAAAACCUGCUACAUAGGGUAUAGAGCCCCUUUCCAGUAGUGUUUAAAGUGCAAAGGGUACUGGGGAAGAAGACGAUUACGUUGCAUCUUUAGAGUCAGGGUAGAUUUGGAGGAAAAAUGCAUCCAAUGAGAGCUUCUGAUUUGAAAGCCCCAGAUGACAUAAAGCAUCUGCUGAUGCUCAGUUCGGUUCAAGCUAGACAACACUCACCAAGGAGCAAGGUGCAAGUGUGUUGAUUUCAGAAGGACAUGAACCUCGUGUGUUGAUUCCAUUCUGCUGUUCUCGAGAUUUAGUUGCUGUCAAGUGCCUGGAGUGGUGCUUUAUUUUUUGUUUGCCUCACAAUUACAUUGGUGGCAUGUGCUAAUAUAAAGAGCUUUAACUUCAAACAUUAUUGGACUAAAGAGAUGAAUGGUUGUGUUUCGACAGAAAACCAGAUUUUUGCCAUUUUAAGAGCAACAGUAUUCCUCAAUCCUGUCUGUUCUGCAGUAUUAAGCUAAGAACAGGUAAAACAGGGUAACGGUAAUCUGGACCUUAAUUUCUGCAGUUCAUUUCUUUUAAUGUUCUUGUCUGCAAAAACUCAGGAAAGUGAUUGUGAUUUGUACAGUACCUCAAAGGAAUGUGUUGAAAGCACUAUGUACUGCUGAGAGUAAUGGGAUAGGCUUCAAUGUUACUUUAUAUUAAAAUGUAUGUUUACCUCAACAAUUGGAAAAUAGCAAGGAAAAUUACUUUGAAUGUAUCCAGAAAAAUACUGAGUGUGAUACAACUGAAUAUUUACAACUUAAAGUAAAAAUGGAAGGAUUUUUUUUUAAAGGUUCUUUCACUAAUUACGGGGAAUUGACCAGAGCAGAAUAAUUCUUUAUAUCAAUACCUGCAAGAGUUCUUCGUACAUUGCUCCUUGAUAAUGAAGUGAAAAUGUUCUUAGAAGGUACACUGGUUAAUGGAAAGCUACUUAUUCAGUCUGUUUUAGUGUCUAGAACAGUCAGCCACAAGACCUGUUUAGGACCCUGAAAGUCACAGUACCUAAAAACUAGGACUGCCUUUUCCUGCAGAGCUGGUAAUGGUGGUGGUGAUUUGCAAGUUCUCUCUGAAACUGCUGGGAAUGGUGUCAUCCUAUUCACUAAUCUAGCUUAUAGGCUUGCCGUGCUGUUUGACAGAAUGCAGAAGAUAGCAACCAAAACAAACAAGCAAACAAAUAAAUACAGAAAACAACCAACCAACUUAUAUAUCUGCAAAGAAUAUAUCUACGCCCCCUCUCCUUCUUGACUCCUCUCUUGUCAGUGCAAUUUUGCUUCUCGUUUUGAAAUCUUCUGGGCUGUAGUGCUCCCACAUUCAUUUCUACCUCAGUUUUGUUACAUUUCUCUUGGAAAGUCAAGUAGAAAAUUGGAAGUAGACACACACACACACACACACACACACACACACAAAUAUAGCUUGCCAAACAUGUUACUUUGUUUUCUUCUCUCUUUUCCCAUAAAUCUAGUUUCCAAUAAACAUCAGUCUUCAUGCUCACUUCCACCUAAGUCCACCCUCACCCCAACAGCAUAUGUGGCAUUUUUCUCAAUUUCCCAGUCCUCUCCUGCUCCCCACCAAGUUGUUCUUUGUAUCCUUUAAUUAUGUGCAACUUUUCAUUGCUAGCUGACUGAUGUUUGGCAAUGCCUCUGAACAGACACGGUGUAGGCUGUAGCCUUCCAAAGCCACUGCCCGUGCAUAAGCAGAACAGCCUGGCUUUUUGAAUGUAUUUUUCCUGUUUUUUUUUUUUUCCCUUCCUUUUUUUAGUUGAGAGAUGCAGUAACAAAACUGUUGCAAAGCACUGGCAUUUUAUGUAUUCAAAAAGUGAUGUACAUUUUUUAAAAUUUUAAAUAAAUGUAAUGAGAAGCCCUAAGAAAGGUCUUUCUGUUAUUGUUUUGUUUUCCUUCAAAUUUUUUUUUUUACUUAUUUCAUCCACAAUGUCAAAUUCUCUGAAACACUUAACAUAGAGAAAGCUAAUGAAGGACUUGAUAUUUCUGAAAUUUUAUGAUGCUUGAUCAUUACUCCCCUUUUUUCUUGUUGCUAAAAACUGAGCAAAUGAACCAGAAUUUAACUUACUAUGAUUUUCUAUCAGUUAAAACUGUUCUUACAUAUAAAUAUUCCAUAUUAAAAAGCAGUGCCUUUCAUUAAGGAUACAAAAAAUAAUAUUUAAGUACGUCCUCUGCUUUUCACAAGUGAAUAAACACUACAAUCGUGUUCUGGCUCUACCCUGCACAUAUCCCUUAUUGUAAGGAAAUUCUAAUAUCCCCAUUAACCUGUAGGUUCAUAUUGAUCUCACUGACAAGUUUACUUUUGCACGGUGCUGACCUAUUUUCAGUCUUUUGGACGUCACAUUUCAUUUCCGCCAACAUUCUGUGUUCACUUGAAAGCAACUGGCAAGUUUUGACAAACCCAAUCUUACUUAGACAACUUUGGAAAAUCCAGUAUUGUCCCACAUUUUCGUGGCUAGUAAGAGUUA